GGGGCAAAGUGAGACGGAGAGGGCGGGCGCGAACGACGUAGCGAGAGGAGUCACAGUCCAGUUGAGGCGCAAGGGUCCUCCGGUUAAGGACGACGGUCCCUGGCAGUCCGGGACAUUAUGCCAGGCGGCGAGGGGUCCCCGAUCAAUCUCCUCGACGAUCACCGCCACCACCAUCGCGCGUCGACCACGUCCGCGACGGACGAGUGCGCGAACGGCGACGAUGUCAGGACGACAGCGGCGUCAACGGCGAACACCGCUGGUGCGACCUUCACCAGCGCGAUGACGAGCGCCCUAGCGGGCGAGGGUCUCCGGCGCAGAAAGGUCAUACAUGCGGCCAAGGAGACCUUCGACAAAGCAUCCCGUCUUCUGAGACGAAAAAUACCAUGUACGGGCCAUCUAAUGACCCCCCGCCGCCUAUGGAUACAAAAGGUUCCUACACAGGAAUGCGAUGUUGUGAUGAUGUUCCCCAACGGAGCAAGCGACGAGACCUUGAUGUGGCUUCUAGGACGACUUCGGGCUGGAACCCCGGGGCUAAUAGUUCACGUGCGACAUCACGCCUCGUCGGAUAGUUACGGGUUUUACCUCACGGCACCAUUCAGCGUUCUGCUCAAGGCCGCCGAAGAGGUGCAUCUACCCAAGUCUCUGCGACAGGAGUUCGGCGGCGGACUGAAGGAGUUCGUCGGCUCGGAGGCCAACUGCUUCGAGGGCAGCGACGACGAAGUCCGGUUCUUCACUACUCAGGAAAGGCAAUCGUUGGUGCUGCACCUACUUCACACGAUGAGGGCGGGUCCGCACGAUCUUCACAGUCUGCCUGGUUUCAAGAUGGUGGAGGGCCAAGCGAUUAUUCCAAAGUGCAUCUCGUCCGGUAUUAUUUCUCAGGUCUUCCCUCUUCAUGAAUUACCCGCGUUAGAAAAACUGCAACGAACCUGGGUCCGCGCGUUCCUCAGCCCCCAGCCCUUGGACGACAUUUGUAAAUACUUCGGGGUGAAAAUCACCAUGUAUUUCGCCUGGCUCGGCCACUACACCACCGCUUUGAUCGUUCCUGCAGCAGUGGGUGUCAUAUACUGGGUCGGCAUCAUCGGCAGGAACCAAGCGAUGGAGGACGUGGCGUACGUUCUGUUUUCGGUGUUCAACGUGAUAUGGGCUACUACGUACUUGGAGACGUGGAAACGGCGGGGCGCGGAAUUGGCGUACAGGUGGGGCACUUUGGAUCAGAGGGACGAUUUAUUGGUCGAGCCUAGACCUCUGUUUACAGGAACCCUGGAGAUCUCACCGGUGACGGGUAGACUAGAGCCAACGUAUCCCAGGUGGCGAAGGAACAUGUUUCGAUACCUCGUGAGCGUGCCUAUCAUCGCAAUCUGUUUACUCUUCGUCUUCAUCGUUAUGAUUCUGAGCUUUCAGAUACAGGACUGGUGGGACGCGCGUCUUGAAUCCGGAGGCUACGGAUUUUGGCUCAGUUACGUGCCAAAGGUGUUGCUCGCGGUGGUCAUCGCGUUGAUGGAUGAGGCGUACUUCAAAGUCGCGGUGUGGUUAAACGAUUUGGAAAACUAUCGACUAGACACCGAGUACGAGAAUCAUCUGAUCUACAAAGUGGCACUGUUUCAGUUUGUAAACUCCUUCCUAUCACUGUUCUACAUUGCCUUCUAUCUACAAGAUCAGGAGAGACUCAAGGAGCAAUUGGCGGCUCUACUCAUAGCACGCCAGGUGAUCGGCAAUCUGAAGGAAUCCGCGAUACCGUACUUGAUCGAGCAGCUGCGACUGGCACGGCUGAGCUUCGAGCUGUUCGGCGCUUUGAGCCCCAGCGAGGCGAGGGCACCCCCCGGCGAGAAGGGUGAGGAGGCGGGGGAGGAGGGCGGCGCGAAGGACGGCGAGGAAAAGGAAGAGCGGCCCGACGGCGGCAAAUCGAAGCAGCCGCGAAACGUCAGCCAGGCAGAACUGGAGAGUUCCCUCUACAGAGUAGGGCAUCCCACUAAUUCUCUACUUAGUGACGUUACGUUCAAGAUAUCGACCAGAAAGUAUGAUGGGGCGUUUUCGGAGCAUUUGGAAAUGCUAUCGCAACUGGGAUAUGUCUGUCUCUUCUCUUCCGCAUUUCCGCUCGCCGCGAUGGCCGCGUUACUUGGAAAUUUGCUCGAAUUACGCGGCGACGCGUUCAAACUGUGUUUCGUGCUUCAACGACCCUUCGGACGCAGGGUUUCAAAUAUCGGCACAUGGCAAAACGCGAUGGAGGCGAUGGGCCUGGUCGCUAUUUUAGUGAAUUGCGCCUUAAUCGGACUAAGCGGGCAAGUGCAGCGGAUGUUCCCCGAGAUGUCGGCGACGCAAACGAUCCUGCUGAUCGUUGCGCUGGAGCACAUCAUGUUCGCUAUUCGAUUCGUGAUCAUUUGCGCGAUUCCCGAUAUACCUCAUUGGGUCGCCACCGAGAUGGCUAAGGUGGAGUUCUUGAGGCGCGAGGCGGUCCGAAGAUUGUCCUCGACCCCGUCACCGGAACAACAACCAACAACAAUAAUAGGGAGAUUCGUGGUGAGUCCAGCAGACGGAGAGAGCGAAGAGCAGCAUUUGCUUUCGGACCGCACCGGUUACGCGACGACGUCGAGUCAAGCGGACACCCCGACUCUGGGCUCGGCCACCCACACGCCGAGCGGGCCGACAACGCCGGUGCCGAGGAUCGCGGAGACGCCACCCACGGCCGAGACUCCCGGCGGCAGCGGCGGAAGCAGCAGCGAGACCAGCACUCCAUUCCUACCCGAGAAUAAUUCUAACGUCACCCGCGACAUUCGCAACUCGCCGAGGUGUUCCAUACCCGGAGGCGAGCGAGUAGGAAGACGCUCGAGGGAUUGGUUGCCCAACGAGCCGGAAACAUCCGGUGGCGAUCAAUUCAGCCAUCAUCUAACGAUCGGACCACACGGCGGCGUUGACUGGGUGCGUCGAUUAGGCCUAGAGCCGGGCGGACGGAAAUCCAGCGAUUCUGAAAUUCAUAGUGGCGCGGGCGCCGCGAGCGUGCGGGAGGAGGAAUUGACUUUGCACAGGUCGACCGACUGCAUCGUCUCCAAAGAGCUCGCCUCUUCCUCGGACAGCGAUCUCCUCAGAUCAGCACCGCCGUGGGCGAUGGCUCACAGGAGCCAGAAGUUCCGCUUCUCGCCGGAAAAGGAGAAGGAGCGCGAGAAGGUGGAGAAGGUGGAGAAGGUGGAGAAAGUGGAAAAACAGCAGCACCAGUCUCACCAUCAGCGACAGACGACUCACGAGCAUCGCGAGCGACAGUCCUACCAGCCCGCCGAGAAGGAAAAGGACGUGAAUCCGCCGGAUUCCAGCAAGACGGCCUCCAGUCAGGACGAGACGCCCGCGGAGGACAAGACGAAGGAGGAGCGUGAGGCGAAGAAGACGCGCGUGAAGCAGAGCCUGAUGAAGCGGGCGCGCUCGGUGGCGAUCUUCUCGCUGAAGCUGAAGGAACGUCGCGCCCGGGAGGCCGAGCUCAAGGCCAAGGAGGCGGAGAGGGAGGCCAGGUGGCAGCAACCGCAGUCGUGCGUCGGCGGCGAGCUCUCGUGCAUCCCCAUAGAAAAGCUUAUCUCCGUGGACGACAUUGCGGCCAUGGAAAUGCGCCGAAUGAAUCAUUAGCCGCUUGACUUGUCUCUUUCUCACACCUUUUGUUUUCUCGCUACGUAGAGAGCCGUUCGUGUACACCGCGACACGCGUGAUGCGCGUCGGAUGAUCGAUCGAGGCUCCAUUAUUCGCGUGGAGCUCCGCGAAUAUCUCCGACGGAGAGAGGAUCCCCCGAUCAGCGGCCGCGAGCAGGGGCGCGCGAGCGAACGAGAGAGAACAGGCGCACAAUUUAUCAAAUCAUCACAGAUGCCUGCAUCUGUGAUGCAGGAUCUUAUAGACGACAUUCCGUAGAAACUGAUUCCGAUGCCCCGCUCCCUAGAUUCAGGGCAUCGAACCGCAGCCCCCGCGGCUCGGGACGAGACGAAGACGCGCGAAAGGAUAUUCUUGAAAGAUUGUCCUGAUUUCUGAAAAAAUAUGGAUCAAAAAAUCCUCACGAUUUGUUCAAACGAAUGAGACGUAAAACUCUCGAAUGCUAUCAAAACAAGAAACGGAGGAAAAAAGAUAAAGAAUUUUACUAGUCUGACGAGACGAUUUUGCAGAAUAGGAAAUCGCAGACUAUUAGUACUUUGAUCACAAUUGUCGCAGUUCUCGUAUUAUAUAAGUUUCUCUUCUCAAAGCGUUCCAAAGUCAAACAUAUCUGUUUAAGUAAUUGUAAAUUCGCUUCGAUUCGAUGCCUUGCUAAGUGGCAGAUCCUCCUCCUAGCUUAGAUCGCUCGACGCCGUAGGUCGUCGAGCCGCACACAUUCCGUUCGUGCCGUCGACACUCUACGCCGAAAUUGAAUUACCUCCGUCGCUCCACGAUGCGCGUGUGAAGAAAAUCCGAAUGGCGCAGACGCACGCGACGGUCCGACGCGAUCCGCGGAGAGGAAGAGCGAAAUGCUCGGCACACUCGCGAGGUCCUCUUAGAGAAAUAUAUAUAGUCGGGAGGAUUAUAUGAGUCCGGUUACUCGCUGGGCACAGCGAGCGGUCGGCGCGAAUUUCAACGAAGACGGAGGCAGGAACCUUGUUGUUGUUGCGGUAAUAAGUUGUUAAUUAAUCUAUAAAGAAAAAAAAAUCUAGGCAUUAAUGGGUUAACGAACUUUUGCUAAAUAGAUCUCUACGAAGGCAUAUCACAUCGUCAAGACCAUCCACCGUCACCACCGCCGCCCUCCCAAUUCCCGUGUCCUCGUGUAAGAUGCGUUUCGACACGUGGAUGCGCGACGAGUGCAGGAUAAAUUUGCGGUCACGCGCAAACUGGUGAUGAGACAGAGUCAAGGAUAGGGUGCAUAGCACACACGAAGCUCUUCGUCCAGAAAAAAAGAAACGAAUAAAAGGAUCUAGAAACCGUUUUUGUAUAUAGCGAAAAGUGUUACGCAGAUUGUAAAAUCGGUUUCCAUGGCCUAGCCUCAUGUCCCCGUCCGCGGCUGAACUUUAGCGCAGAGUUGUUGAAUAUCACAUACACAUACACACAGAAACGUACACAACACGUAUACAUACAUACAUAAAUAUAUAUAAACACACACACACACACACACAGAGAGACACACAACAUUUUAUUACAUUUACCGAUAUUGUUAGCGUUAGGAUUAAUCAUUAGAUGCAUCCACAUUAAGCACCGUUGAGCAAACCGAUAAUCGCGUUAUAUGUAGCGUGCCCUUCGGGAAUUUGCAAGACUUGAGUGCAUUAGAUGCAAAAUCGAUAGAUUAGCCGCUUUCGUAAAAGGCAGGUCGGAAUACAUUCAGCCGGAAGCAUCUGUGUUUGUUAGAUGUUUUGUAUAAAACAGGGGAAUUGAGCCAAUAAAAAUAUUCUACGAAA